UUAAAUCGAGUUUCUUGAAGUGUCCUGCUUGACUGAAUAAUAACAAGUAGCACAAUAAUACGACGUUUGUUAACUUCAAUCACAGUCUCGGCUGUUUGUGUGAGAACUGCGUUGACUUCAAUCUCACAAUAUUUCAUUUCAGUAGCUUGUGCCAUUUUUGCCACAGAAUGAAAUGAGAUGUUGCAGUAUCCUCUUUCAUAAACAAAUGAUGUGAACAUAACCUCACCAUCAGCUCUUGUUAAACUUGCUCUUAGUGGUUCUGCAUUACAGACACCGAGUGCAGAAGAAACUCAGAGAACAAAUGUGGCGUUUCUGGCUUUUAGUUUGUGUGUCGGGUGUGUUUGGUGUUGAUGUAGAUGAAGUGAAGUCAGUGUCAGUGAUGGAGGGAGAUUCUGUCACUCUUCACACUCAUCUUACUUACAUACAGACACAAGAUUAGAUACUGUGGAUGUUUGGACCUCAAGAGCCUCUUAUAGCUCAAAUGUACAAGCAAAACAUCUCUAUGUUUGACAGUAAUAAGACAUUUGGAGUCAGACUGAAGCUGGACAGUCAGACUGGAUCUCUCACCAUCACAAACAUCAGAUUUAUAGACUCUGGACUUUAUAAACUACAGAUCCACCAUUUUGAAAUGCUUUCGUACAGAAACUUCAAUGUUACUGUCUAUGAUAACAGGAAGGGCUUCUGUUUCAUGGAGGUUCUGCAGACGAUGUGCCAGCGAUCCUCCACCAACCGCAAGGCCGUCACCAAGUCGGAGUGUUGUUGUCAUGGAAGUCGCGGCUGGGGCUCGAUGUGCGAGUUGUGUCCUCUGCCGGGCACCGUACAGUAUAAGAAAAUGUGCCCGCUCGGCCCCGGAUACACCACAGACGGCAGAGAUAUCAAUGAAUGUGAGGUCAUUCCCAACCUGUGUAAGAACGGCCAGUGUAUCAACAGCAUCGGUUCGUUCCGCUGUCACUGUAAUGUGGGUUACACCAACGACUUUACUGGCACUUCUUGUGUUGACAUGGACGAGUGCUCUCAGUCGCCCAAACCGUGUAACUUCCUGUGUAAGAACACAGAAGGCAGCUACCUGUGCUCCUGUCCCAGGGGAUACAUCCUUCAGCCUGACGGAAAGACCUGCAAAGAUCUGGACGAGUGCUCGACCAAACAGCACAAGUGUCAGUUCUUGUGCGUCAACACCAUCGGUGGCUUCACCUGUAGGUCUAAAUGUCCCGCAGGCUUCACGCAGCACGAGACAGCAUGCAUAGCUCGUCUGCCUGUUCCUGUCAUCAUCAGAGACUGUUCACAAUGUUCUUCAGUGUCAAGAUGUGUGUUGUUGUGUUCAGUGAUGAAUGUGACACAUGUGAGUCUCUCCUGGUACAAAGGAAAGAGUUUAUUGUCCAGCAUCAGUGUGUCUGAUCUCAACAUCAGACUCUCUCUACCUCUGGAGGUGGAAUAUCAGGACACAAACACAUACAGAUGUGUCAUCAACAAUCACUUCACAAACCACACACAACAUCUACACAUCAGUGAUGUCUGUCAGCCGUGUUCAGACAAGAUCCAGUGUUUCAGUUUUACUGGCGCUGUGAUCCGAUUGGUCCUCUCUGCUCUGGUGGGCAUGGCCACUAUCGCUGUAGCGGUUUAUGAGGUCAGAUCCAGAAGAGCCGAACAGAAGCAGAGAUCAGACGUCACACCCAGAAUCUGACUGAUGUGCUUGAGAAUACACAUUUUUUAUUUGCUGUUUUUACAUUUUCUUAAAGAAUAAAUAUCUGUUUUUGAUGUUUUUAAAGAAGUUUUAGGAAUCAUAUAUGGAAUUAUUUUAAAAAUAUUACACGGUUGUCAGCCAAUUUCAAUACAUUUUCAAUGCAGUUUUAUCUCAUUCACAUAUAGAGAACGAGUAACGAGGCGAAUAAAGUAUUUUGAGUUUGAUUCUUCAAUUUUAAUAUAAAUUAUUGUUUUCAAUACGAUUGAUUUGCACUGUAUGGCAGCCCUGUUACAAUCACCAACUCAACAUGUAAAAAGUCUUGAUUUGUCCAAACAUGAUUGUCUGUGAAUGAUAUUUUUAAUAAAUAGAUUUGCUUUAU